UUCUACAAACUUGUAAAUCUAUAGAGUGGAGUAGUCAAAGCUUAUCAGUUAUUUGUUAUAUUGUAAGUCCUGUUUAAAUUUACAGUAUUAUCCUUAUAAAUAUUUUAAUAAUUUUUAUAUUAACAGCAAAAACAGUUUAAAAAAAAAAAGUCUUUUUUUCAGUCCGCUGUAAACAGGCCUUAAGGAUCUUGUGUCUUGUUUUGAAGACAGCUGAGAAAUGUUCAUUCCAUCACCAUCAGAAAAUUCCAGAUGAUGGUCUUUAAUGUUGAGGGAUGGUGGAAUAAGGUGAGCCAUCCUAGAUGCUCAGAAAAAUAAAUGCCUUCAGGUUAGGUGGGGUGGAAUUGAAGCUCCUGACAUCGCGGGAGGAGAUGCGAGGUCCUGAUGUCGUCAUUAUCUGACAGCUUAAAAUCAGCGCACAUGACAACAAGGAAACCAAAGCAUCAACGUAUUUAAACCGUUACUCCACUUAUUUCUAGAAGAACCUGGUCCCUCUUUAAGAUGAAUACGAACGACUGGAUAAAGCCUUUAAUAAGAGCAUCCAUGUGCUUUUUUGGAAUCCUUGGUAACAACUGGUUGGCUUUUCGUUCUAUACCAAAAUCCAGAUCUCAGCUCCGAACUAACGACAUCCUAUUUGUCAACUUGGCUGUGUCCAAUUUGAUUACCAAUUACUUGGUGGACCUACCAGACACCAUAGACUUUGUAGUCCACUGGACAGGAAGAUACUGCACUGUGUUCAGUUUCUGCUCCAACCUCUCGGAGACCAGCAGCAUCUUGACCACCAUGUUCAUCACUGUGUACUGGCAUCAGAAGCUUGUGGGCUCUCUGAAGCGUGGAGGAGCUCCUGUGCAGAUGGACAACCUCCACCUCAUCACAGCACUGCUGACAGGGAGCUGGGCUUUUGCGACAGUAUUCAGUAUCCCUCAUUUUUUUUUCAUCUCUUCAGACAUUUUGAACCAAAGUUUCAGUGACUGCAUGGAACGAUCCUCAUUCCAAGAUGCCAGGCAAGCCUAUGAGAUGGUGUACCUUACACUGGCAAAUCUUGUUCCGAUCAUUGGCAUUGUUUUUGCAAGCAUCCAAAUUGCAGUCACACUUGUACAGAAUGAGAGACGGGUGAAAAAUUCCACAAACGUGUUUAGUAGAAAAGGAAAUGAAAAGAAGCCGCCUCCAGAAACCACCUCCAAAGACAGAACAUCCAAUGUUGUAAAUAACGUCCAAGACCAACGACAAGGGGUCCAAAAGUCUAAAGACAAAUCCAGCUCCUCUGCAAGUAAUCAGGUUAGGGCUGCCAAGAGCGUGGUGACCGUGGCCACCGUUUUCCUCAUCUGCUGGCUAAUUCACCUAACGCUCAGCAUUACCAUCACCAUUUACGACUCCACUAUAGUAGCAGAAAUAAUCAGCUAUAUAGGAGGAACUUAUACAUGUUUAAUACCUUAUAUGUACUUGCAUGGCAUGAGAAAGUUGAACUGCUCCUCCAGAGGCUGAGCAGCAGUCUGAAAAUAGCAUAUCAAUAUGCUUGGCACUCCCAGACACAACAGAAGAGGAGAAAGGACAAGUGAAGCGUUAAGCUACUAACCGGAGUGCAUCCUCUAACCCGCCUUAAGUGCUGACCUAAAACCAUUUAAUCUUCAAACAGACUUUUCUUGUGUAUUUUUAUGUUUGUGCUUAAACAAGUAAUUGUUUUAACAACAUUUUUACUAUCAUUUUUAAUAUAAAAAUCAGUGGUGUUUUUUUCCUUACAUCUUGAUGUUACUUACAGAAUUAGAAACUAUCCCCAGGGCCUAAUUAUGCAUGGUUAUGAGCAAUUAUUGUCACCAAAGCAGCAGGGAAACAAACCUGGCCCAUCAGGAACUACAGAAUAAUAG